CUUUAGCCAGAAUUCUCCCAAUUCGGAUCAUGCCAAAUUUUGGGUUAUUAGUUUCUUUUUUUGGUUCUAACUCUUGGUAUUUGAUCAUGACUGUGAAUUCAUCUCAUAUGUCACCAACUUGGUUUCUUUUUAUGUUAUUUGAUUUGAAUUAUCUUAUUUUUACUUAUCAAAAUAAUUGAACUUUAUUUUGUAGAUUGAUUUAGCAAUGUUUGGUGGUGAACUAUUGUGUCAGGAACAAUCACUAACUAAUGUGAAUAAUAGGAUGCAAAUGAAAACAAAACAUAGAUGUGGAUCAAAAUCAAUCCCGGUUAGGGUGCACAGCUCGAUAAUUGCAAAUGGAGAAGUUCCUGAUUUGGCAAAGUUUUACAAGUCCAUCCACUAUAAUUCGAACACACAUGAAUGGAUUUCGUCGGAGAGCCAAGCUAAUUAUGACAACAUGAUAAAGACGCAAGCCGAACACCUCUCGCAGACUGGUGUGAUCCCUUUAAGCCAAGAGGAGUUGUCAGUUAAGGUGCUUAAGCCAAGGUCAGGUUAUGUGAAAGGACUCGGCUUGAGGCCUUCUUCUUCUAUGAAGACUAUUGUUGCACCUGCUGAAAAUAGUGACUAUGUUCAACGCCUUGAGAUGCAAAUAGCACAGCAAAAUGAACAAAUUGCAAGGUUUCAAAAGUCAGAGAAGAAACAAAGCAAGAAGAUACAAAGUAUCAUAGAGUGUUUGACGCAGAAAGGUAUCACGGGAAGUUUUGAGAGUGGGGAAAGUUCAGAUUCUGAUGAACAAGCUUCUUGAUUGGAGAUGAACGAAUUUGGUAACCUGCAUAGCAAGAGUCUUUUGUUGAUAUUACCAGACACAUCCAUCACAGUGUAGUUGUACUUUUUGUUGAUAUUACCAAACAUGUAUUUUGACUAUGUUGUUGUGGGCUAUGAUUAUAUUGUGAUGGAUCUUA